UUCAAUGGCGGCGGUUCUCCUCGGAUCUUCGCGUCCUGGCAUUUUGGGAUCCCACACUGCGGUCCGCGUAACUAUGCCCGGUCAUGCCACAUAAAUCAGUGUCAUAAAUCUGCGCGUCUUGUGUAUGAAAUUAUGUGCCAGUGUUUCGUAACCAGCAACGAGAAAUUCUAGAUAUUUAUCUGCCGAGUGCCAAAUAAAAACUUGUCUAAAGAAAAACAAGUAAAGCAAGCAAAUUAACCGUUUGGCGGGAAACGAAAUAAAGUGGUAUCCCAGAGGGUGAAAGUGAAGAAAGUCAAGUGAAAGUGGCGGCUGCCGUUCCCUAAGUGAAGAAAAUAAAAUCCUUCUUGUGUCAGCGUGCUUGGAAUGCUCAUCCGCGAGGAGGCGUGAGCUACUCAAAAAAGAUGGCCAUCCUGGAGUCUUGUUGCUUUUGGAAGGAUGUGCGGAGUGGCAGCUUUGCCUGCGCCAUCUACACGUUGGUUUACUUUGGCUUCUCGACGCUGAUGUUUUUGUUCUACCUAAUCGAGGAACAGGACUUUCUGCUGGGUAACCGUGCUCAGCCGCUGGGUGAAAGUUUGCUGGAGAAGGGCGAUGUGACUGUAGUGACUGUGAUAUUCAACAUUUUGUUGCUCCUUUGCUCCAUACUGAUGGUGCUAUCCUCGGUUCUGCUCAUAUUGGGCCUCCAGCAGAACAAGAGACAUCUGCUGAUACCCUGGAUUAGUUUCAUGCUGGGCGAUCUGCUCAUCGAGGUCUGCCACUUGGUCCACUUGGCCCUAUCCCGCCGCGUCAAGUUCGAUCCGAUUGUCGGUUUCAUCUUCACCAUGGAUUUCUUCCUACUGUGCCUCAAUCUCUACUGUCUGCUGUGCGUCAUCUCGCAGUACCAGACGUUCCGCUCGCAACGGGCGGAGAUGCGACUGGCGGCCUCGGCGGCAUCGCCUAUUGUGGUCUUCACAGCAGCGGAGAAGCUAACCAAAACACACCAGCAGCAACUGCAGCAGGCGCAGCAGCAACAACAGCAGCACAGUAAUCUGCUGCAGCAGCUGGAGACCGGAAGGGGAAAUGGCAAGCGGCGACGUAUGCUCGGAGCAGCCAGCCCGCUAAUAACUUCGCAGCGGCUAACCAACUUCUCAACCAUCACCGAGGAGGAGGAGCAGCAGUCCGGAACAGACCACCUGGCGGAGCAGCCAACUGGAGAGGAUCUCGGCCGCAUACCAAUUUUCACUCUGGCUCCCAGCCCAGCUCAUUGCCAUUGAUGCAACUCAUCACUAAGCCAAUGUUACGCGUUUCUUCUCGAAUACACAUUCCAGCAGAGCUAUAAGAUAUUUUUACACAUUAUUUGAUCCGAAAGGGCUGAAUAAAGGGAAAUGAGAUUUUCA